CCUCACCAAACUCUCUCUCUCUCUCUAUAUCUUUCUUUCUUUCUUUUCUCUAUUGAAAAAAAAAUUCAAAUUUUAUUUCAAAAUAAAUUAAAAAAACAAAGAAAGAAAAACAAAAAUAAUGGGAACCAUUGUUGAUCGUAGAAGACGUUUAUCUUUAAAUCAAAAAUCAAAUAAUUAUUUAUAUUUUUUAUUAUCAUUUUCAAGAAGAAGAGGAAGAAUUUCUAUUAGUAUAUUUAUUACUGAGAUGAUAUUUAUGCAUAUAUACAUAUUCCCAAAUCUCACCACCGCACAUCUCAAUCAUACGCACCAAUUGCUCGCACAAACACACCAUCAUCAUCAUCAUCUCAUCUUUGAUUUUCUUUUUUUCUCAAAGCUUGCAGGGACCCAAAGAGACUGUGUGAAUCCAUCAAUCUUGAUGUUCCCUCUAUUUUCCUCAACUGAGCUUCAUCGCUGCUUCGAUUUCGAUUCCGAUUUCGAUCUCCUUCUUUUUUCCUAUGUCUGAUUGUUAAUUUCAAUCUGGUAGCUUCGGCUUCUAGGGGUUUCAUCAAUGGAUGGAAGUGGAAGUGGUAGUGCUGCUGCUGCUGCUGCUGUUACUGGCUCUGUGGAGGGAGAGAAGAAGAAGCCUCCUGAAGGAGAAGUUAAGUCUAAGCGGAAAAUGAAGACUGCUUCUCAGCUGGAGAUUCUCGAGAAAACUUAUGCUGUGGAGACGUACCCAUCAGAGUCGUUGCGGGCUGAGCUUUCAGCUCAAUUAGGGCUCUCUGAUCGCCAGUUGCAGAUGUGGUUCUGUCACCGGCGUUUGAAGGACAGGAAGGCGCCGCCGGUGAAGCGCCAACACAGGGAUUCACUAGCGCCUUCUACAACACCAGCUGGUGAGGAAAUAGGGGCAAUGACUGAGGUUGGAAAUGAACUUGUGUCAGUAUCUGCUUCAGGGUCGAGUCCAUUUGGUCAUGGGAUGGAUCCACGGCGGCUGGUUGCCAGGACCCCUGGAGUGGCUGUUCCGAGGAUUGGUGGUGACAUGUCAGCAAUGAAGAGGUACUAUGAACCGCAGCAGUCCGUAGCUGAGCUUAGAGCCAUAGCAUUUGUGGAAGCUCAGUUGGGGGAGCCACUGAGAGAGGAUGGACCAAUUCUUGGAAUGGAGUUUGAUCCCCUGCCGCCAGAUGCAUUUGGCGCGCCUAUAGCUACAGUGGGGCAGCAGAAGCAGCCUGGCCGGCCUUUUGAGACCACUGUGUAUGAGCGACCUGAAUUGAAACCCGUCAAGGGUGCUACAAGACCUCUGCAUGAAUACCAGUUCCUUCCACAGCAACCAACUGUCAGAGGAGAAAGAGUUGCCUCAUCCUACCAGUAUGGUACGCCACCUGACAGUCAUAAUGCCAAGACUGCAGCAUCAUCAACAGCGCACCAAUUCAUGCAUGCAAAUGAGCAAGUGUCCCCUGGUUAUGGUUUUCCAAGUCAGUUGCCCAGUCUAAAUCUAAUGCCCCAAGAAGGCAGGCAAAACCACUUGUUGCCAUCUGCUACAGCAGAAUAUGAUACUGUAAUGCGAAAAAGCUCCUUCACCAAUGUUGGUGUGGAUGCGCAAUUUGGUGCUCACCCAAUUACUGCAUUGGACAAUCCAUUUAUGCCACCUGAUAGGAGGGUUACCCAUGAUGAGGAUGUUUUGCGCAUUGAGAGGAAGCGGAAGAGUGAGGAGGCAAGGAUAGCACGUGAAGUUGAAGCUCAUGAGAAGAGGAUCCGAAAAGAGCUUGAAAAGCAAGAUAUCUUGAGACGAAAGAGAGAGGAGCAAAUAAGGAAAGAAAUGGAAAGGCAAGACCGUGAAAGGCGGAAGGAAGAAGAAAGAAUUUUGCGUGAAAAACAGCGAGAAGAGGAGAGGUACCAGAGGGAGCAAAGGCGUGAACUGGAGCGAAGGGAGAGAUUCUUGCAGAAGGAGUCCAUCAGAGCUGAGAAAAUGCGACAAAAAGAAGAACUACGCAGAGAAAAGGAGGCAGCAAGACAAAAAGCUGCUAUUGAGAGAGCCAUUGCACGCAGAAUUGCUAAAGAGUCAAUGGAGCUAGUUGAGGAUGAACGCUUAGAACUCAUGGAAUUAGCUGCUUCAAGCAAGGGAUUGCCUUCAAUACUUUCUCUUAACUUUGAAACUCUGCAGAAUCUUGAUUUGUUUAGAGAUAAGCUGGUUAGGUUCCCUCCCAAAUCUGUGCUAUUAAAGAGGCCUUUUGCAUUUCAACCUUGGAGUGAUUCUGAGGAGAAUGUAGGGAAUCUUCUAAUGGUUUGGAGGUUCUUAAUUACUUUUGCAGAUGUUCUUGGGAUAUGGCCAUUCACUCUGGAUGAGUUUGUCCAAGCAUUUCAUGAUUAUGAUCCAAGGCUACUAGGUGAGAUACAUUUUGCACUUUUGAGAACCAUAAUUAAAGAUAUUGAAGAUGUUGCAAGGACACCUGCCACUGGGUUGGGUGCAAAUCAGAACAGUGCUGCUAAUCCUGGAGGUGGACAUCCACAGAUUGUGGAAGGGGCGUAUGCAUGGGGUUUUGAUAUACGCAGCUGGCAACGUCACUUAAAUCCGUUAACAUGGCCUGAAAUAUUGCGACAGUUUGCCCUUUCUGCAGGAUUUGGGCCACAGCUGAAGAAAAGAAAUGUAGAGCCGGCAUACCUUCGUGAUGAUAAUGAGGUUAAUGAUGGUGAAGAUGUAAUUACUAACUUACGUAGCGGAGCAGCAGUUGAAAAUGCUGUUGCCAUAAUGCAAGAAAGGGGAUUUUCUAAUCAACGCAGAUCUAGGCAUCGCUUGACACCUGGUACUGUCAAAUUUGCUGCGUUUCAUGUUCUUUCUCUUGAAGGAAGCAAGGGUCUGACAAUAUUAGAAGUUGCAGAAAAGAUACAGAAAUCUGGACUAAGAGAUCUCACAACGAGCAAGACACCAGAAGCUUCAAUUGCUGCUGCUUUGUCAAGGGAUUCAAAACUUUUUGAGAGAACAGCUCCUUCAACGUAUUGUGUGCGUCCUGCCUAUAGGAAGGAUCCAGCGGAUGCCGAGCCAAUACUUUCUGCAGCCAGAGAAAGGAUCCGGAUAUUUAAAAGUGGUUUUGUAGAUGGAGAAGAUGCUGAUGAAGCAGAAAGAGAUGAAGAUUCUGAAAGUGAUGUUGCAGAUGAUCCUGAGGUUGAUGAUUUUGGUACUGACUUGAACCCUAGUAAAGAGGCUUGCAAUUCUCCUGAAGCAAAUAAAUUUAAUUCAAAAACUCUGUUUGAAAAUGGAAAGGAGGAUAGUAAUGUCAUCAGGACUCCACAAGUUGGCCUUCAGAAUGUUGGUGAGGGUUUUUCUUCAAUGCAUUCUGAAGGCACUGAUGAAGUAAACGAUGUUGGUGCUUCCAUUGAUCAAUCUGGAGACUUUUCUGGUAUAUCCACUAAUAUUGAACAAGAUGCAGAUAUUGACGAAAGCAACCUUGGUGACCCAUGGGUUCAGGGACUGAUGGAGGGGGAGUACUCUGAUCUGAGUGUUGAGGAGCGCCUUAAUGCACUUGUUUCAUUGAUUGGUGUGGCAAUUGAAGGAAACUCAAUCCGGCUUGUUCUCGAGGAACGGUUAGAAGCAGCGAAUGCUUUGAAGAAGCAAAUGUGGGCGGAGGCGCAACUUGAUAAACGCCGUAUGAAAGAAGAAUAUGUGAUGAAGAUGCAUUAUCCAUCAUUUACAGGAAGUAAGGUGGAACCUAGCCUUACAACAUCUACAGCAGAGGUUCGGCAAAGCCCAUUAGUUACUGUUGAUGAAAAAAUGAAUGAGAUGUCUAUGGAUGCUGCCGCCCAGCAAGAACAAUCAACUGAUCCACAAAAUGACAUGAAUUAUCCGAAUAAUGUGCCUUCUGAAGGGAACAUACAAAUGCAAGAUCUCUCUGUUGGUCCUGAUAGUCUUCCGUGUCAGCAACCUGGACUUGCUGCAGACAAGUCAAGAUCACAGUUAAAAUCCUUCAUUGGUCACAAGGCUGAAGAGAUGUAUGUAUACAGAUCAUUGCCUCUUGGUCAAGAUCGCCGACGUAAUCGAUACUGGCAGUUUAUAACAUCUGCUUCUUGCAAUGAUCCUGGAUGUGGCAGGAUCUUUGUUGAGUUACAUGAUGGUCGUUGGAGGCUUAUUGAUACUGAACAGGGUUUAGAUUCUCUGUUGGCAUCUUUGGAUGUACGAGGGGUUAGGGAAUCCUACUUGCACAUGAUGUUACAAAAGGUUGAGAUGUGCUUUAAGGAGGCUGUCAGGAGGAACAUGCUACGUGCUGAUAUGGAGAGACAAAGUGGGGGAAGUGUUAAAGCAGAAGCAGUUGAAAUGGUUACAGGCCAUAACUGUGGCUCCGGUAUUGAUAGCCCAAACAGUUCUGUAUGUGUUGUAGAUUCUGAUAUGUCUGAGACCACAUCUUUUUCUGUUGAGCUUGGAAGGAAUGAAACUGAGAGGAAUCAUGCCUUGAGGAGAUAUCAAGAUUUUGAGAAUUGGAUAUGGAAAGAAUGCUUUAAUUCUGCGACAUUAUGUGCCAUGAAGUAUGGGAAGAAAAGGUGUAGACAAUUGCUUGCUUUAUGUGAUUACUGCCAUGAUAUUUAUUUCUCUGAAGAUAACUAUUGUCGUUCUUGCAAUAAGACAUAUGAGCACUCUGGGAGUGACGUGAAUUUUUUCAAACAUGUGACUCAUUGUGAAGAGAGACUGAAGAUUGGGCUGGACUACAAUUUGCAUGGUUCAUCUUCUCCACUGAGGAUAAGGCUGCUUAAAUUGCAAUUAGCUUUGGUUGAGGUCUCUAUACUGCCAGAAGCUCUUCAACCUGUUUGGACUAAUAGUUAUCGAAAAUCAUGGGGAGCAAAGCUGCAGUCCUCAUCAUCAGCUGAAGACUUACUCGAGGUUCUAACGUUGUUGGAGGGCUGCAUUAAGAGAGAUUAUUUGUCCUCAAACUUUGAAACAACCAGUGAACUUUUAGGGUCAGACAAGCGGUCUGGAUUUGCUGCAAAUGAUUAUUUCAGAAUGGAAAAAGUUACUGUUCUUCCAUGGUUACCACGAACCACAGCAGCUGUCGCUCUAAGGGUCAUGGAGUUUGACUCGUCCAUUUCAUACACGCUGCAUCAAAAAGUGGAGUCUCAGAAGGACAGAGGCAAUGGAGACUUCAUUAAGCUCCCUUCCAAGUUUGCCAUUGUGAAAAACACCCAAGAUAAUGAAGCCGCUGAAACUCGUCAUCAAGCUGGAUUAUUGCAAGAAGAGAGUUGGGUUGAUGUAGCUGGAUUGAGUCGACGGGGGAGUCGAGGCCGAGGUCGUGGUCGUACCCGUGGGGGGAGAUCUCAGAGAAGGGUUACUGGUUCAAGAUCAGAAUCUGGCAAGAGAAGUGUGGCCACGAACAACGACAGAUUAGGGCAGGUGCUCUCAUGGAAAACACAAUCACGUGGUCGAGGAGGGCGUAAGCGGGGCCGUCGCAGCAUUAGAAGUAGGCAGAAACCUGUGAAGAGACCAGUUGAGACACAAAUCCCCAAAGAAACAAUCCAUGAGAAAGCACCAAGAAGGUUGGAAAGGGAUGACUGGAAUGGUGAUGAAGCAAGAUUCCAAGUAGACAAUGCUGAAAAUCUCAGCAGCUCAGAAAGAUCUGAGUAUGAUGAUGACAAUGGUCAAGCUACAGGAGAUGAAUAUGAUGAUCUUGCAGUGGAUGACUAUGCUGGUGGUUUUAAUGGCAAGUCCGAUGACUUGCUGGAGGGAAGUGAUUAUAAUAUAGAUGUCAAUGAAGACGAUGACGAUGACGAUGACGAUGAAGUAGAUGAAGAUGAAGAUGAUGAACAAGGGGAUAUGGAAGUGGCAGGAUAUAUAAAUGGGGACUCGGAUGAGGAUGAAAUGAGAGAUGGAGAAGGAGAACAGAAUGGGGACCCAGAUGAAGGCAUUGGAUCUACAUCUUCAGAUUUCAGUGACUAGAGAAGUAAGCAAGCAUAAAAAAAUGUUAAAUGCACAAGAAAAGUUAUUUCUAAUUUGUAUUCUUUAGUGUUCUGCAGCGCUAACUGAACUUGAUGAUGUAUUUAUAGAAGAAAACAGUAAUUGUGCAUAGCUAAUAGCACCUCCACCGUACUUGAAAUUAAAUAUCAAUCAAUAGUCGUUUCUUCCAA